AUCGUGUCCACGAAUAUGGACUCCGCAAGAGCUGCGUCGCUGAGCUCCGUAACUGAGGGUCUGCCAGUAUUCAGUCAGAAGGAUGUAAUUCUCAACGCUGUCAGAGACAACCAGAUUAUCAUUGUCUCCGGGGCCACGGGUAGUGGAAAGAGUACUCAGGUACCCAAGUACAUAGUACAGCAGAUAUUACUGGAUGGUACUCCGGACUUACAGCCAUUCGUCGUCUGUACUGAACCUCGGCGAAUCUCAGCUGUUUCCAUAGCAACGCGAGUAAGUGCUGAGAUGGGUGAACCUGGAGUAGGUGUAAAUGACUCUGUCGUGGGCUACAGUGUCCGUCUCGACACCAGACGAUCAGCAAACACCCGCCUUCUAUUCUGUACAACAG